UCUGCGCUCGACCGGUCAGGUCUGACUCAUUCGCUGGGCGCGUUGUUGACAAAAGAGCAGCGCGUUUGUUCAAACUUCGCCGGAGAAAGUUAACUCUCCCCCAAAACGAGCAGGAUGGCGUCUGUUCUGGAGGAUCCCACCCUUGAGAGACACUUUAAAGGACAUAAAGACACUGUCACGUGUGCAGAUUUCAAUCCAAACCGCAAACAACUAGCGUCCGGGUCGGCGGACAAGACCCUGAUGAUAUGGAACCUGGCCUCCAAGGCCCGGGCCUUCCGCUACGCCGGCCACCAGGAGGCCGUCACGGGGGUGCAGUUCUCUCCGUCCGGCACGCUGGUGGCGUCCUGCUCCAAGGACAGAACCGUCCGCCUGUGGACCCCCACCAUGAAAGGAGAGUCGACCGUGUUCAAGGCGCACACCGCCGCCGUGCGCAGCGUGGCCUUCUCCCCCGACGGCCUGAGGCUGGUGACGGCGUCGGACGACAAGUCGGUCAAAGUGUGGAGCGUUCACCGCCAGAGCUUCAUCCACUCGCUCAACCAGCACAACAACUGGGUCCGCUGCGCCAGGUUUUCUCCGGAUGGGAGGAUCAUCGCUUCCUGUGGGGACGACCGGGCCGUCCGUCUGUGGGACGCCUCCACCAAGGCCUGCAUCAACUGCUUCACCGACUAUGGAGCCUCCUCCACGUUUGUGGACUUCAACUCCAGCGGCACCUGCAUCGCCACGUCUGGGGCUGACAGCUCGCUGAAGAUCUGGGAUCUCCGGACCAACAAGCUCCUGCAGCACUAUCAAGUCCACAGCGCGGGCAUCAACAGUUUCUCCUUCCACCCGUCCAACAACUACCUGAUCAGCGGCUCCAGCGACGGCACCGUGAAGAUCCUGGACCUGCUGGAGGGACGGCUGCUCUACACGCUGCACGGACACAAGGCUGCUGUGAUGACCGUGGUCUUCUCUCGGGUCGGAGACGCGUUCGCCUCUGGAGGAGCCGACAGUCAGGUGCUGCUGUGGAGGACGAACUUUGACAGACGGGCGUAUCGGGACGUCCUGCAGCAGCACAGCCAGAGGUCCAGCCCCGAUCCUGCACCCCACCUGUCUGACAUCCACCCCAGGGUUCCCCACCUUCACCACCCGCAGCCGUCCUCCAUCCAGAUCGGUCCGACGCUGGCGGACACCCGCUCCACCGACCCGCACGUCAUGGAGUUGGGCCACCCAGUUUACAACAGCAAGCUUUACAACAGUAUGCCACACUUGGCGACAGCCAAGGCGUCUGCCGGCAUGCAUCACUCCAACAGUUUCCCGGCUCGUCAAAGCUCCAGAGUGGAAACUUGUACCGGAGGUGAAAGCUGGGGAUGUUCGUCUGCUGGGAACCAGGCCGGGGCCGGCGGUGCAGGAAGAGGAAGGAGAGAGGAAGAGGAGACGGCGCCAAGGCACCCCCUGGAAGCCCUGUCCAGUCAUCCGUCCAGUCUGGAGUCGACGCUGCAUCACAUCGUUCAACAGCUGGACGUUCUCACGCAGACGGUUUCGGUGCUGGAGGAGCGUCUCACCCUGACGGAGGACAAGGUGAAGGAGUGUCUCCACAACCAGACCCAGAUCCUCAAGGACAUGCAGGCCUCGGGUGAGAGACGCAGGGCGGCGAGCGACGGGACCGACAGCUCGUCCAUCCAUUCCAGCUGAGGAUUUCACCGCGGGCCGAGGACCCGGAGACCCGGAGACUGUUGAGCAUAUUCUAAUAAACGGGUUUGUACAGUUCUGCGUGUGGUUUUAAACGAGCACCCCGGUGGUCCCCCCCAGGGGUCGGCGGGUUAAUCAGGAUUUGAACGCCGGUCCCAGUGAUUUAUGCUGCACCUGCGUCUGCGCGUUUGUUUCCGACGUGUCUCCAGCACGUCUGUCUUCGGCUCUACAGCAGAAUCCAGCUGUGCGGUCGGGUCACUUCUGUGCGUCUGAGCGAACGGACGGUUCGACCAAUCCGGACGGCCGACGCCGUGGAAACGGAGCCCGUCUGCCGUGUCACGGCUUUCAGCGGCCACGUCUGCGUCGGCAGGUGUUUCAGACGUUUCCUGCUUCAGAUCCGAACGUUUUCAUCAUGGCGACAUGGUUUGUGAUGCGAAAGCCGAGCUGCGCGCUCGAUGCCUUAAGUGUGUAAUUUAUAAUAAAGAUUAUAUUGCAGUAAUUCAAAGAGUGCUGACUGUCUCUGUGUGAGGCCCACAUUUUUCCACUCUGGGGCCUUUAGAAAUAGGAGCAUGGUGAAUCUAAAAGAUUAUUGGUGUUAUACUUUUUAUUUCAUCAAAAAAUUUUUCCCGUCACACUUUCUGUAACAUGAUAUGUAAUAUUAAGCAGUUUCACUCCAGGACUUGAGAUGGACAUCUUGACUCAGCGUAUAAUCUGGUGAUUACAAAAUAAAAGCUCU